AUGCUGCCCGACAAAAGGGACGAGACUCGUCCACCGAAAACCAGAUUCAGUUUUCGGGACAGAUCAAAGGAGAUGCGUAUGACCUGUAUACCACGACUCAAGAGCUUCCCUGCCGAGAAGAUCAAGAAACUAGAUAACCUGCCGAUGUUUUCGUCCGAGUCAAUUGGCGUACCACAAGAUGAAGUUUCCUUAGUAGACUCGCCUGUUGGGAUUGCGAACUGCGACCGUGGCGACGGAAUGUCUGCCGAAUUAUCGCCAGGAUAUCAGCAAUUCAAGUCGCAGUGUGCGUCAAUCAUGAAUCAGCAACAGGUUGUACCGAACCAUCGGCAGACCGAUCAAACGAGACCACAGUCCGACAGUUUGCAGACUGGACAAAUCGGAUCUACUAAAGAGCAAGUUUAUCGUACUUUCGCAGCGAGUGCCAACCAAGAAGCAGUCGUGCGCGAUCGGUCACUUCCAAAUUCGCCGACGAUGGUCAACCAGUCGGUGAUCGUUGAAAACUCUCGCACACGAGGCAUGAAGCGGGCCUUCGAGCGAUCCCCGUGCGCAGGCAUCGAUCGACAUCGCGACGAGGAUGCCGUUCUCGACACCGACUAUGAAGAGCAACCGGUCGGCGGCCGAAACGCGGCCAGUUACAAACAAAUGAUCAUGCAGAUGCAGCAACAGAAGCAGGACGCGAGUAACUGUCAAGGUAUCCAGUUGCAAGGCGCUCGUCGAACACCGUCGCACGAUCAGUCCUCAGAGAAUCCUCAGCAGCCGAUGUAUCAGCAGCUUCAGCGCGACGCGUAUCAUCAACAAAUAUCGCAGGCGUCCCAUCACGCGCUAUCGACCUCCAAUCAGCAAGUGCACAGUAAUCCCGGGGUACACUGUAAUUACCUGAAUCAGCGAUUAUCCACGGCACAAUUAGCUCCCGCGCAGGGAAUGACCUCGCCGCAGGACAUGACGAUGAGCCAGAUGAGGUUGAUGCGACACAAUCUGCCGGUCCAUCAGCAGAGUCUCGGCUACCCCAUCGGUCAGAGCGCGUGGCUGCGGGACGAGCGAUGUGCGAGUCAGCAACAAGCGCCUCUGCCUCAAUGGAACUGUUAUCACCAGAAUCCCGCGCCGAAUUCGAGCUGCUGUCGACAGUACCCGGAGAGUCAAGAUCAGUCUAUGUCGUCACGGCAUCAGACGAGUCGCAAGGCUGUCGUCGACCAGCAACCCGGCGCAGAAGUUCACGGCCGACAGCACAGCAGCAAGAAGACGCUGCAAUUCACGCCGGACAUGAUUCACGAUCAGGAACUGCUGGUGUCCACCAUGCGGCAGCAAUGCGUGCCGCACGACGUGAUGCGCCGUCAAUUCGACGCGUUGCUGAACGAGCAACGCAGGCACUUGGCUUAUAUUGCGCAAUUUCAACAACAGACCGCCGACGCUGAAGCGGAGAUCAAGAGGACGUGCCGAUUAAUACGAAGGAGGACGGAGAACGACGAGAAGCCGGAGUGGAUGGUGCACAUCACGCCGUCGCGGAUCUCGUACAGCGAUCUGGAGAGAAUAAAAUCACAGCAGAGAAUCCUAAGGCCCUCCGAACAGCAGCCGACGAACGCUCAAUCGCCAGAAGUUGGCGGGACAAUGCCUGCUCAGCAACAACAACAGGAUUGCCGACAGCCGAGAGAGGAGACAAGCGCUCAGGCGGUUUUACCUCAGCGAAUGUACUUGCGCAUGGAUCCUCAUCCGUGGCAGCAGCAAACAGCCGAUUGGUCGCGCAGAGACGAACAUCGGGCGCCCUGCGUAGGCUGUUAUCCUUACAGUCACUUGCAAAAUGCACCGAACCACUUUUAUCAGAAGCAAGGUUUUGACGGAUACGAGCAGUGUCCGGAACGCUUUUACCAGUACAACGCGCCUCAUAACUCGUGCCAAACGCAUCCUGAACAUCAAAAGGUCUGGUCCGAGCAACACAAUGCGACCUCGUUGAGACCGAUUGACAAACAGGCAGAAUCAAGGGAUACCGUGCGCGAACGAGGCGAGAGGCCCAUUGAGUCCUCCAGUCUGCUAAAGAUGCGCACGUACAGGGAAGUAAUCCGCCCUCAGAAGCGCAACAACGGCCUGCAGGAUCCGGUUACUAUUCAGAGAACGCUCGAGACGCUGAAAGAUCCGGCAAGUAGGAAGGGUCUCGAGUACUUGGCUAAUUUGGCGAGGAAGAAACCCGCGAUCAAGUUAAACGGGACUCAAGAGCCUGACGAAAUCCCGGAGGACCUGCGACUGCACCAAGCCUCCUUGGAGAACUCGCAAGCCCCGAAGAGGAUCUCGUCGAAUGGUCUGGAGAACAACAGGAACCCGGACAAUCCUGUGCCGCGCGUCUCGCGAUUCGGAAGAUUCGACGAGCCCGUGAUGAUGGAGUACCCGCGCCAAAGGCAAGGCCCGAAGACCUGUUACGACGGUGCGUCGGCCGAGAUGGCUGCGAGAAGCUCGCAGCAACGAGAUCACGCGGUCCCCCAGGACGCACGAUCGAUUCCUUGCGAUCGAGCGAAUCUGCCCGCGCCUACAACGUUAGCACGUCCCGACAAUCACGCCGUGAACCUCCAAUACGGAGGCACGCCGCAUUAUCAGCAGAUGCAGCGGUGCUAUCACAACAGGCAGAUUCUAGCGAGCAACAAUGGCGGCCAAGGUGACGGUAUCGCGAGCAUAGAGCGGCCCGACGCACCGGCGAUGGGAAUUGAUCGCGCCGGCGGUGAUACACUUGGCGAGAACCCGAGCGCCGAGGAGGCGACCAAGCGCGGCUACGGGGAGCGAUCGAUGCCGGGGACGAGCCCUUACGGCCGAGCGGAAAUCCGCGACGCGAGGAUCAUCGAUUGCGCCGGGACGCGUCUUUUCUAG